AUGGCCGACGCGCAGGUCUUCGAGGAGACCUUCACCCUCACCGAGGUCAACAGCGAGCGCUACGACCGCGUGUCGCGCAUCUUCGGCACGUCGUCGGACAGCUCGCUCACCAUGACCCUCGACAUCAACCACGAGCUGUUCCCCUGCCACCAGGGCGAGCAGCUGCAGAUGGUCCUGGCCACCACGCUGAACCUCGACGGCACCAAGGAGGAGACGAGCUGGCGCAACGUGACCAAGCAGGGCACCACGACCCUGGCGGACAUGUACGACUACGUGUGCUACGGCAAGAACUACCGCUUCGAGGACGGCGACGGCGAUACUCUGAAGUACUUUGCCAGCUUCGGCGGGCUGCUGCUGUACAUCGAAGGCCCCUUCAAGAAGCUCACCGGCCUGAAGAUUGACAACAUCUACAUGCUGCUCAAGCACAGCUAG